AUGAGCAAUACUGUUACGACAAAUAAUUCUUCCGAAAAGCCAGUAAAAAUAAACAAAUGGGAAACGAAUGCAUUGAAAAAUGCAUUAGAUGAUGCAUGCAAAAAGUAUUUUAAAGAGGCACUUCAUUUUACAGAAGAAUAUCAAUUAAUGGAUGGUCGUCUUUAUAUAUCUUUUAUUGCAUGUUUAUUUUCCGGAUUUGCUUUAAUCUAUGAUUGGUUACAUCCAUUCCCAAAAUCACGUUCGAUACUCAUUAUUUGCGUCAUAGCUUAUUUUAUUCUUAUGGGUAUUCUAACAGUAUAUAUGCAAUUUAUUGAACGAAGUAGAUUUUAUGCUGGUAAACUUGUUGAUAGAACUGGUAUUGAUCCUAUAUCACGUUGUAUGAUUUCAUCUAAACUUAAAAAAUAUGAUGAUAAAUAUAAUUUAACUUUGGAAUAUAAUGAUGGUACAGAUAAAACAACAAAUUCUUCACAAAUAAUAUCAAAAUCUGUUGGUACUUAUUUUGAUGAGAAUGGUGUUUUAUGUUAUGAUCGUUUUACGAAUGAUUUAAAGAAGAUGUAUGAUCAAGCACGUUUAAAUGCGCGUAAAGUUAAAUAA